GAGGCUUGAGGGGUAAUUAUAAAGCAAAACGGGUCGCUGAGGCACCGCGGGAUAGACAACAAGGCUAAUACCUAAGCUAUGGCGACGGCGUUGGUGCGAUCUACUCUUCUUCGAACCGCUCUGCGAGGAGGCGGACGAGGAUCCGCUGUUCCCCGCAGAAACUUCUCUUCCUCAGCUCAUCACGACGAUGCUUACGAGACAGCCAAGUGGGAGAAGAUUACUUAUCUUGGCAUUGCUACCUGCACUGUUUUAUCCAUUUAUCAGCUAUCGAAGGGUCAUCAUCACCAUGAAGAGCCUCCGGCGUACCCAUAUUUACACAUCCGCAAUAAGGAAUUUCCAUGGGGUCCAGAUGGUCUUUUUGAAGUGAAGCACUAGUAUUGGUGUCAUGCUCAGGUUAUUUUGCAGCACACUGACGCUUUACUUUGAGCCAUUUCCCUUCCCUUGUCAAUGUUCAAGACCACACCGAUGACGGCAUUUUCGUAUUUUUUCAUGAAAUUCGAUCUGGAUCUUGCAGCACAUUUGUUCAUGUCUGCUUCCCAUGCAUUCAAGUAAAAUAAAGUUGCAAUUACAUUUGAUCGUUU